AUAUACAGUGAUCAGAAUAAAAUAAUUAAACGACCUGAAUCAAAAUAUACAUCUACUAAUUUUUACAGAACACUACUUUCAGUGAAUCUGGAGCGCGUGCCUGUAUAAGGAGACGGCAGAAGAACUUUUAGAGCUGAAUUUCCAUUUUUGGUUAAAUUAUAUAUACUGUGUAUCAGUGACAGACCAUAUUAUUUUCCGGAGCAUAUAACCCAGGAAGAAGGAGAAUGGAGAGAAGGUUCUAUUGGACGCCUGUCCUCGCGGUGCUCGUGAUAGCAGCAUCGCUUGCAUCGGGGCGCCAGCCUCGCAACGCUCAGGAGCUCAGCCGCUGCGUCAAGAUGGCGGAGCCUCUCGUGUAUAAUCCGGAAUUUGUCUUCCCGCUCUCAAACGUGGAAAUCCAGGGAGUUUGCAGGAUGUGGAGCGCGUUCGUAGACUGCAUACGAGACUACACGACGCAUUUCCUCAACCCUGAUCAGCUGGAGGCAUUUGGCGCCGCUAUUGAGCCUUCGAUGCAGUCGAUCCACGAGCUCUGCGCUGAGAACCAAGUCUAUCGCACCGCUUAUCUUGAGUACGCGCCAUGCAUGAAGAAGAUGUACAUCUCAAGCGACCAUUGUGGGGACCACUACAAGUACCUCGCCGACCUCGUGCAGGGCAACGCUGCAAAUCAGGACCUCAUGUGCUGCGCGCACCACAAGUUCAGGCAGUGCGUGCUGAGUGAGACGCCCCGGGAGUGCGGACGGACAGUGAGUACCGGUGACGCUGCGGACGCUCGGAGUCGCGAGCAGCGUGCCAUCUCCGCCACGCAAUUCGUCACCUCCAUGCUCGACCGCGCGCUGGGCUUCCUGCUGCAACAGUGCACAUCUUACAAGCCUACGGAGGAACAAUGCCCAGGUUUCGAAGUCAAGAAUUCUCUGGAUGCAACUCCAGCUCCCGUGACUCGGGAUGCAACUCCAGCCAGGAAACCAACUCCAGCUUCUGCCUCGUCGCCCAUCUUGACAAUAAGUGAAGCAUCGACUCCUCUCACCAACACGUAUGACUCUCGUGUGUCGCGUCGGGAACCAGACGACCAUUUGCAUGGCACUCAUUACCACACGCACACCAACUACCACAGGGACCUGCACGGCAACGAUUUGAAUCCUCGGCCGCAACAGUUCAAGAGUAUCUCCAGUGCAUGUGGAAAGAGCAGUUCUUCGUGGAUUACUUUUACCAUCAGCGUACUUGUUGCUGCCCUCUUGAGUGGGCAUAAGUGAUUGACUCGUUCGAGCACAUCGACUACGAGCCGAGGUGCGCUGAGACCCUGACAGAAAGCUUGAAGAAAUUCGUGCCGUCUUGAUGAAAAGUUAGUGCGUGCAUGAAAGAACAGCAAAUGAGGCUCUAAGAAUAGUAAAAAUAUAUAUAAUUUCUGAAUAGUAACAGUCUUGAGAAGCAAAACAAAGGAAAUAAUAAAUAAUAUAGUUAAUUUAGGUUACCUGCUAAAUAUGCGCCGCAGUUCAAAUGAAUAUAAUUGUUUUAACUACCCUUCCUUAAAAUGUAUUUUUGUGUGUACUUUUAUCUAUUGAGCAUGAAUGAAUGGAUGGAAAACAAGAAGAAAGGUUUUCAGUUUUUUAAUAAAAUUUUAGGUUUCGCAUUCGUGUGAAAAAUCGUCUAAUCAGAUGUGAAAACAACAUUAAAAUUAUGACAUCAAACGUGUGUAUCAACUCAACUAUGAAAGCUUUGUCCCGUGUAAACCUGUGUUGCAGCUGCCAAAAGUUGUUUUUCGGUUGCUAAAAAAUUUCAUCUCCGUACAGCAAUAGUAAUAAUAAUAUAGGAACAAUGGUGUAGCCGUUGAUUAGGCCAAAUCUGACCGGUCAGCGAUACAAUACAUCGAAAAAUGUGCUACUCUUUCUGUUCGCAACCCACAGGCAGCCUCGCCGAUAUUGAUCAGAAUUUUCACCACUGGCUUGGAUCGAACCCAAAACUCAUUGUUCUAAUAUUGGUGCUUUUAUAACUAUAACCACUCGGGCACAACAAAUGGCUUUUCAUCCAUUACAUGCAGGGUAUUCUCUAUUAUUCCCGAUUAUCUGAAUGUUAGCUAUGUUUAUCUUCUCUAGCUGUAUAAUUUCUUAAUAAUUGCAAGAAUUAACUCCCAAUAAUGUAUUGUUUAUGGAAACACGAGAAAUGAAAGUUGUUGUAUACGGCUAAUUCAUAUUUAUCUCUAAGUAGUUUAAAACCUUGACUUGUGCUGCAGGACCUGUCCUGAUAGUGUGCAAAAAUGCAAACGCACCGGACCAUGCGUGUGCAGUAGCCAAUUAUAAAAUAAAUUGUUAAUUAAUUUCGUUUAUAAAUGACACUCGUUUCAAUUAAGAAUGGAAAGAUUUUCGUUCCCAACAGUAUCCCCUUCCUCAAUAAAAGCAUUAUGUCUGUAACGAAGAACUCAAAUGCUAUAGGCAGGCAUUAUUGCUACUAAAGCUUUGCACACUUUUAUCUUUUGAGGUCUAGGUAAAGGACACAACAAUUAUAUGAUCAGUCAAAAAUUAUUAUAAAAAAAUUACACUACCAUCUUUCCAUUCUUCAUUGAAACGAGGGUCAUAUCUGGAUGAAAUUUAUUCAACUUUUUUGAGGGCGGUCUUUUUUUCAAAACUGCUUGAUGUGUCCAAACGUAAUUUGAAGUAACUGCGCGUAUUUCCAGCGAAAUAACCUUAUAUCAAUAAUAUUCGUACCGUUCAUACGAGCGUGAAAUUUCUGUCAUGCUCAAAAUGGCCAUCCAGAGUCUAUACGUAUAUACUUGCAGUAUCCACAACAACUUCUUCAACAUAACUUUGAAUAUCGCAAUGUGAGGGGCUUGAUAAAAAUCUAUUCGCUCUUCAUGCACAAUUACGAUCCUAGUUUAUAUAAUUAAACAGAAAAUUAAUUCGGAAGCAAGUAUUAAUUUCUGCAUAACGGCUUACAAUUAUGACGUCAAUAUCCGGAGAGUUUAGUGUCAUAAUAAUAACCCUGAUUGGUUAUGCUUCCCGGGUUUCAAUAAUUCAGGCAACGCCUUCACAAUACCGGAAACUAUCCUGAGACAAUGUAAAAAUAUUUUGGACAAUUUUCUCCAGUUCUUUUAGUGUAAUGAUUGAUGUAAUGUAUUUAUGUUACACAACAAAAAAAUUAUUUUUAUCAACAAAUCACCAUUCAGCUUCUCAGGAAAAUAAUAUAUGCAGAAAGUUUCAUUAAGGCAUCAGUAAUUACCCUAACUAUAUAUAUAUGUACAGGCAGUUGUAGGCUACAGCUAUAGUUAAGUACAUAAUUCACGUUAAGUGCAAAUAGAAGAUACAUAUUUUACCUCAUGCAACUUAAAUUUUAAAGAAGCCAGCGUUUUACCUCGUGCAAUUAACUCGAUAAAAUUUUAAAUAAGCUAGCGAUAUAUCCUACUGUACUCGCGAUCAAGCACGUCGAUUAUAAGUUGUCUGAGCUUUGGUAUCGAAAGACAUAAAUGAAGCUUAAGUAUCAAAUUAAAGAUAUAUUUUGUAACGUAAUUAGGUACAGAAUAAUCGUGCAGAACGUUCGCAAGAAGUUCUUUAUAUUAUCGCGCACUUAUUUAUCUAAAAUUAAAAGCUUUUUGAUUUUCUUUAACCAAGGAUGAGAUAUGCUAAAUAAAUUUGAUUGCUCUGAUGAGAA